CGUACUCUGAAAUUGAAAUGGAGAGUGCUUCUCUGCUUCUUCUCACCACCCUGUUGGCCUUUGCAUUCAAGGCCUCCGUUGCUCAAUGGACGCCUGCAUUUGCGACAUUUUACGGCGGCAGCGACGCGUCGGACACCAUGGGUGGUGCGUGCGGGUACGGGAACUUGUACAAUGCCGGGUACGGGGUUAAUUCGGCUGCGUUGAGCACGGCGCUCUUCAACAACGGCGCGUCGUGCGGCAUGUGCUUCACAAUCACCUGCGAUGCUAGCAAGACGCAGUCGUGCAAACAGGGCACGUCCAUCACCAUCACGGCCACCAACUUCUGCCCGCCCAACUACGCCCUGGCCAGCGACAACGGCGGAUGGUGCAACCCGCCGCGGCAACACUUCGACAUGUCGCAACCCGCGUGGGAGACCAUCGCCGUCUACCAAGCCGGCAUUGUGCCCGUCAACUACAGGAGGGUUCCCUGCCAGAGGAAUGGGGGCAUGAGGUUCACCGUUAACGGGAACGACUACUUUGAGCUCGUGACGGUGGCAAAUGUCGGCGGUAGCGGCGUGGUGUCCCAAAUGUGGAUAAAGGGGUCCAAGACUGACUGGAUGGUAAUGAGCAGGAACUGGGGUGCCAGCUGGCAGAGCAAUGCUUACCUCAACGGCCAGAGCCUUUCCUUCAAGGUACAGACCGACGACGGCCGGGUCGUCACGGCCGACAAUGUUGCGCCGUACAACUGGUGGUUUGGUGGCACCUACACUUCGUGGCAGCAGUUCUAACAUCUUGCGAGGUUGAUGAUUUCAUGCGUGGGUACUCAAAUAGUCGGGCCCCAUGAUUUCAUCCGAGGCUGUAUAUCCUAUUUUGUUUCUUUGUAUCUAUGUUUUGUUUGUCCAACUUUGUGUACUUAGCUUACAUUAAUUCUCUUGUGGCAUAAGAUCAUAAGAUUAUAUGUGCGUGCCCAACAUCUCAAAAGUAAAUUUAAAUGGUUCCGAAGAAUAGUGCAUUCUAUGAGGAUUAAUAUGCAAAAGAUAUUCAUUCAAUUUAGAAGUACAGGUAAAAAUUUAUAAAGGUUUGAACAUGUAGGGGUUUACUAUAAAAGUUACAAAUAUUUAAUUGGCUGAAAAUUAUUAAAUAAAAUAAGGGAUAUGUGGUGGCUUUUAAUUGGCUGGUUCUGGUUCAAGGCAGGAACAUAAUGGAGUUGUUGGACUUAAAGGGAUGGCAUGUCCUGAUUGGAUGGUAACGCUUUACGAUCAUAAAUGACGUGAUGUUGUGUGAUUGGUUGAUACCAUUUCUAGUGGUUUCUAAUCCUUUGUUGUUGGUUUAGAUCGUACAAUACACGGGCUAGGGUUUCGGUGCUCA